AUGGUACUUGAAUCCGGGGUGCUGCCCCCUCCGCUCCAGCUGUAUGCUGCGGCGGCGGCCCAUCUGGCCCCCAGGCCGCCCUGGGCCCCCUUACUUCAGUUCCCGGGGGCGGCACAGCUGCUGGGGAUGCACGGGGCCUUUUCCCCUUUGAACAGGCCCAGGUACCCCCACGGGCUGGGUCCCGGGAUGAGAGCGCCUCCAGGACCUCCCUCCGAGGACAGCGGCAGCGAAACUCACGGUAAAGGUGGAGCAGGAAGUAGCGGUGAGGCAGACUCAGAAAGCGCGGCUUCCAAAAGAAGAAGGAGUAGGACGAAUUUUAACAGUUGGCAACUAGAAGAAUUGGAAAGGGCUUUCCUAGCCAGCCACUACCCCGACGUCUUCAUGAGGGAAGCUCUGGCGAUGAGACUGGACCUCAAGGAGAGCAGAGUGGCUGUGUGGUUCCAGAACCGGAGGGCCAAGUGGCGCAAGAAGGAGCACACGAAGAAGGGCCCCGGCCGGCCCGCGCACAACGCCCACCCCCAAUCCUGCUCGGGGGAGCCGAUCCCUCCCGCGGAGCUCCGCGCAAGGGAGCGCGCCAGGCGCAGGAAGAAGCUGCAGAAGGCGCUCGAGCGACAGGCCAGGAAGCUCCGCGCCAAGGGCAUCGCCGUGGACCUAGUGGCCCUGAAGAGGGAGUACCUCUCGCAGAGGGGGGCCGACGGCGCGGACAGCGACAGCGACAUCGACGUGGUGGGUGACUCGGGGGCCGAGAACGAAACCUUCAGCGGUUCGGACAACGGCAUGUACCCCUCGUCGGUGUCCGAGACGGGGGUCGACCUCACGGCGGGAUCGCACGAGGACAAAAUCAGGAGGCCGAACCCCUUCAGCAUAGAUUCCCUGCUGAACAACACCUGA